UGGGUUGGGGGUGCGAUGGGCGUUGUUGUGAGCUCUGAAGCAGCUUGGCUUACCCUUGUGGAAUUUCGGUGCCCAUUUUCCUGUUGUUGUGGAGGUGGUACGCAUUACUCACUUGUUGCGGGUGCUUUGAGGCUAUCGGAUCGUUGGGUUGUCGACUCUGUCUUCGAAGGUGAUGCAUUGAAUAGGAUUUUAACAACCACACCAAAUCCAUCCUCAUCGGUAAAGAUGGAUCCAGGGCAGUUGGUACUUCCAGUGGCAGGAAUUAUUGCAGCAGCUGCUGUCACCUUCUACGUUGUUAGCUUUCAACAAAUGAGUGAGAAGUCCUUCGAAGACUAUGAAACUAAGAUUGGCAAUGACGAUGGUUCUCAAACGCAGCUCAAGUCUUCAAUGAGUUCCAGAAAGAGAAGAGAGGCAAAGCAGGCUUCAAAACAAAAGAAAUGAUUCGGUCCUCCUAUCUAUAGUCAAGCUUCUGUGCACCUAAGCUCAAGUGCUGAAGUAGUACGAUGUGAAAAGCUUUAUUCCUGUCAUGGAGAUCACAUUUUAGGAUAAGUAUGUCUUUCAAUAUCCAUGGUGAAUUUUGAAAUGUUGAUCCUUAUCAUGUCCAUAUUGCAGUAGACAUUUUAGCAUGAGAUAUUCAACAUGGUGAUGCUUUUUUAUAUUCAUUUUACAAGUAUUGGAUUUUACACUUUAAGAGUAUUUAGAUUUGGGCGUUAGAACAAUGAGCUUCCAAAAGUAUUUUUAGUAAUAGAAAUAACAGACAGAAAGUGUUGUCAUGUAUAAAAUUUUAGUUUGACAUGGUGUUAGAUCUAAGGUCUCAUUUAGCAUCUCAAUUAAUAGGGUCAAUAACAAAUAGUGGAAGUACUACAAAGUUUAUGUCCAUAGAAUUUU